AUGGCGAAUUUCUUUCAAGGCAAUCCGUUCAGCACCCAAGUGGGUCAGCUGAUAGAGAAGGGGACAGAUGGGACCCAAGACUCUGAGAACUGGGCACUGUUUAUGGAAGUGUGUGAUAUCAUCAACGAAACAACAGAUGGGCCCAAGGAUGCCAUUAGAGCCAUCAAGAAAAGGUUGAAUAACAAUGUAAAAAAUUCCUUAGUUUUACAUUAUACUCUCACAUUGUUAGAAACAUGUGUGAAGAACUGCGGGAAGAGGUUUCAUGUCCAAGUAGCAAAUAAAGACUUCCUCCAUGAUAUUGUCAAGAUCAUCGGUCCCAAGAACAACCCAUCAGAACAGGUGCAAGAAAAAGUACUCAGUCUUAUCCAGACCUGGGCAGAUGCUUUCCGAGGACAGCCUGAUCUAAAGGAGGUGGAGAAAACCUACGCAGAUCUGAAAAGCAAAGGGAUUGAGUUCCCUAUGACUGAUUUGGAUGCCCUUGCACCCAUACAUACACCAGCUAGGAGUGUUCCAGAGCCUGAGCAGCCAGCCUAUCAGCCACCACAACAGCCAGUGUCCCCACAGCAUCAGCAGGUCGCCCCACAGCAGAGACCGCAAGGACAAGGACAGCCGCCCACGAUGAUGUCGACGGGCCCUGUGAACCCCAGUGCAGAGCAGCUGGCCAAGUUGAGGAGUGAACUUGAUGUUGUCCAGGGCAAUCUGAAGGUGUUUGGUGAGAUGCUCACUGAGAUGACCCCCGGACAAGAGGACCCGUCUGACUUAGAAUUAUUGCAAGAAUUGAAUAGAACAUGUCGGCAGAUGCAACAAAGAAUCGUAGAGUUAUUAGACAGAGUGGCAAAUGAAGAGGUCACCGGUGAAUUAUUACGAGUUAAUGACGACCUGAAUAAUAUGUUUAUCCGGUAUGAGCGGUUUGAACGGUACCGGACAGGAAACCCUGGGCAGACGCCAGACAAUGAAGAUGAGAAAGAAUACCCCCCUCCAACGACAGUAGCUCCUCCACCUCCAUAUUCUGCUGCAAUGAUGACAAAUGAGGCACCUCCAUUGAUUGAUCUUGGCAGUGAAGGUCAGCAGACUAAUGAAUUGACGUCACAACUUGCGGGAAUGAAUCUUAGUGGUGGUAGUGUUAGCGGUACCCUUGGACAGAUGCCCACCAUGGCUGCUACCAACUCAUCUCCUUCCAACAAUCUUUUGGAUGAAUUUGAUAUGUUUGCCGCCUCUCGGCAGUCGUUUGAUCAGAAUAAACCAAUGAAUGUGACAUCAGUGUACUCUAACCAAGAACAACCACAUGAGGUCCAUACUGGGAUAUCGUCAGCUGUUAAUGCAAAAAACCAAAAUUAUGGAAAUAAUGUUGAACAGACACUUGAUGUGUAUGGGCUUUUGGACAACGAAAGGGAUUUGGAUGAAAUGGACGAUUGGGUGCAGAAAGAUAAGGAAAUACCUGGCCAGGAUGAAGAGGGUGUGACCAGUGCAGAGUUUGAUAAGUUUCUGGCCGAGAGAGCAUCUGUGGUGGACACUUUACCAGAUGUUCCCGAUCAUGAUCCGACACCUGGUGGCAACGUGCCUCCUCGACCCAACAGACAACUACAGAAAGAAGACCAAGAGAAUGCCAUGUUUGCGCUUUAGGGUAACCCAUGUGAUAAUAGUUUGCCAAGAGGCUUCAUUUGAAAAGGUUUCUGUAGAUGGAUUGUGUUAGCAGUACAUUCAGUAUGCAUCUACGUGUAUUUAAUAAUACUGUUGUUGGGAACAUUGUCGGCCCAUAACAUGUAAUCUUGACCGUGUGGGGUUGUUGUUCAUACUUGAGCCUCUGAUGAGAGUUCAUGGGUUCAGUUCUGCACUGACCCCUUUCAAUCCUAUUCUUAUUCAGAAACCUUUUGAAAUUUUGGCUGGUAUUUCUCCAUAUCUGAUGGUUUUAGAGGUGCAGCAAGGAGAGAAGUGCAAUUUAUGUUCAAUCUAUGAAUGAGAGAAGUAGAAUAUUUGAUUGAUAUUUCUCUUUUCUCUCUUAAAAAUCUGGUGUCUUCAUGGAUGAGAAAAUUAAGCAAAAGGUUGAUUUUAAGAGGGCUAGUUGUGUGCUGAGUAAGACUCAACUUAGUAGCUCAUUUAAUCAGCGGUAUGAAUAUAUCUCUACAUGUAAAUAGAAUGAUUCUAAUUUUGACCGAACAGUGCUAAAAUGAGAUCACAUUAACAUCAGCGAUUUGUAACGAUUAUUUCACAAGUGUCACUUGUACUUGGAAAUGUUUGAGAGUUCUGGUGUGUGAGAAUAGAGUUUUAAAUGGAUGUGAUUUGAGGGAAUGGCACCAUUGACACCCUUUCAAAAAGUUCAAUUUUUGGCAAAACAAAUUUCAAAUCCAUGCUCCUUUGCCCUUGGGGUAAAGACCUCCAUUGCCCAUUGUCCUCAGUCAAUUUACCGUAGGCAAAAUUUUGCCAACAUGGCAAUCUGAGACUUGUAAAUAUUGUAUAAUGUAUCUUUAUAUAUAGCUUACACUGUAGAUCAGUUCAAUGUGUGUCCAUAACGUGCCUUCUGUGAUGUAUAUGUUGUUGUCAUGGUCUUCUAACGACAGAAAGUUUCAUACUGUUGGGAUAUGACUUACUACAUGUUUAUGUGACGUGGUAUGGCUAUUGUGUCAUCAAGAAGCCAGUGAUACUGCUUUGUAAGUACAUAGUCUUGUCUGACUGCCUGGCAGUUCAAAGCGUAUUUGUGGCGAUGGGGCAAAAGUCAUCAAGAUAUUAGGCCCGGAGAGUGUAUUUCAGCUACGUAUCAGUAUCCUGGAGGAAAGUACAGUCACGUGCCUGAUGAAUGGUGUGAGAUGUGGCCUCAACUCAAUUUCCUCAAAUUAGGAAUUUACUUCUCGCAUUGAUUUUGAUAUGUGUGAUUUUCAAAAACAAUUCAGAAUUUGUAUUUUUUUCUCUUCGUUCAUGGCAAUCCAUCUUGAAGAGGCUGAUACUGUUACCAGUUGUUGAGAAUAACUUGUCUGUUUUCCUUUGCUGAUCUCAGAACAUUUGAUGUGUUCUUAAGUUGGUUGGUGAAGCUUAGGAUAUCAAGAGCAGAUAUUUGGUCAACAUAAGAUAGGGUGACUUUAGAACUGCCAUUCAUAUUCUAUCUCCAGCAUGUUCAAAUUGUGGCUUGGCUCUCAUUGCAGUGACGGCUUUUUGAAUAUUCUGUAUAUCGUAAAACAUGUGCUUUAAGUAUAUAUAUUCGGUGUAAAUUAUGCAAAAAUUAUAAUUGAAUGUAAUUUUUACUUUUUGCUAGAAAUUUAUUAGGCGCACAGCAGUGAGUGUUCUGUUGUAUCCAGGUACAGGCAACCUUUCGACUGGGUUGGUGUUCGGGCUCAUUCUCAAUCUCCAUUGAUCAGAAAUUGUUUGGCUUAUGUUCAAGCAAGUACAUGUAUGCUCCUCUGUGCCAGGCCAUGGCCAUGGCAUGUGUGGUGAUGAAAGGCUUUAUUAUGAAAAUUCUGCUUUAACAUCAGUAAUUGGUCACAAAGUGAUGUGCUUAGUUUAUUGGUACUUCCUUCAUGUAGCAGUUGGGUAGAUUAGGGGGGUAUCAUUUUGCACAAAAUAGCAGGAGAUUUCAGUGAAUGACGAGAUGUAUUUGGCAUAUGUAUAAAUUAUGCCUGUGGGAAUCCUGCAUCAUCAUUCAUCAUUCAUAAGUGUCAUAAUUUGUAUAUAUGCAUUUUCAAUUCUUUUUUCAAAUUUAUUUCUAAUUUUCAUCAUGGCUAAUAUUCAGUAUAAAAUUAAAAUGCUGUUAUUCUGAGCAUGUAUCUUGGAUAUUGGAUAUAAUACGAGUGGUCACAGUUAUAUGUAUAUGUAUAAUACCCCAUUUCGUUGUCAGCUACUUAACCUCACUUUUCUUUCUGUGCAAACAUGGCAAACUCUAUCAUACACUAUCCAUUUGAUAUUGCCACUGACUUAAGAACUGGAAAAUGUAAGGUUGACCUGGUGAGAUGAUAACUAUAUCUUGGAAAUGUAUUCACACAUGACAAUUCAAUUUGUGGUGUUUAAAACACCCAGAUGUGUUACAGGUUCUUUAGAAAGAGGUUCAGAGAGAAGUAUCUAGAUAAUAUUGACCAAAACUGUUGAAGUUACAUGGUGGCAAAGAUGGUGGUCCUAGCUGAGAUUAGACUUUCCUCGCCUUUGAUAAUCACCGACACAGAACAAACUGGUAACCUCGGGUGAGAAUCUUGUUAUAAGCUUUUGGAAAUUCCUCGAGCCCACCUUGCUAUUCAUGACAUGAUCACCACUAUUGCACCGUCAGGCCUCCAUUAAAACCAGUAAACCUCUUGAAGUGAGCGCAGAUUUGAGAGUAAAAACAUCACCAAGUAGAGCACAUUUCAAGGUUACCUGACUUCUGAGUCUGGUUGUUUAAAGCAAGUUUGGUCACUAUGCAACUAAGCGUUAACUUAAUUUGGUGAUUUCUCCUUCAUUUAAGUCCAUAAGAUUCAACACCAGCAUUAGUGACUCGACUUGUUUUGAAGAACCGGGCCCUGUUCUGGAAAUGUUCCCAGAAUGUUUUGAUGGAUAAUGUAACUAUUGUGAUUGAAAGAGAAUGUGUGGCUUCACAACAGCUUUUGAUAUUUCAUAUUUAUCACGUUCAGUAGGCCUUAAUUUAAAAAGUUGUGAACUAUGGGAAUAAAGAGGUAAUGCAUCAGCAUUAUGUUGUAUAGAA